AUGGGAGAUUCCUCCCCGGGCGAAGGCCAGGGCUGCCGCUCCCCAGUGGCCGGGCGCAGCGACAUGGAACCGUCCGCCGCUGGUCCGGGCUUCCCAGCUCUGCCGUCUGUCGCGCCGUCGGGGCCGCCGCCGUCGCCGCUCGCCGGGGCCCAGCCUGGACCCGAGCCCGAGGGGGCGGCCCCCGGCCGCGGAGAGCCGGACCCCGCGCCCGGCCCGGGCCGGCGGCGGCGGCGGCCCCAGCAGCGCGGGAAGCCGCCCUACUCGUACAUCGCGCUCAUCGCCAUGGCGCUGGCGCACGCCCCGGGCCGCCGCCUCCCGCUGGCCGCCAUCUACCGCUUCAUCAGCGAGCGCUUCGCCUUCUACCGCGACGGCCCGCGCAAGUGGCAGAACAGCAUCCGCCACAACCUCACGCUCAACGACUGCUUCGUCAAGGUGCCGCGCGAGCCCGGCAACCCCGGCAAGGGCAACUACUGGACGCUCGACCCGGCGGCCGCCGGCAUGUUCGACCACGGCAGCUUCCUGCGGCGCCGCCAGCGCUUCAAGCGCGCCCCGCCGCCCCCGCCCGAGGCCGCGCCGCCCGGGCCCGCCGCCCGCCCGCCGCCCCGCCCCUCCGCGCCCUGCGCGCCCGCCCCGCCCGCGCCGCCGCCCGCCCGCCCCGGCCCCGGCCCCGGCCCCGGCCCCGCGCCGCCGCCGCCGCGCCUCUUCAGCGUCCACAGCCUGGUGAGCCCGCCGCCCGAGCCGGCCGGGCCCGGCGCCCCCCAGCCGCCCUGCUGCGCCGCGCCCGACGCCGGCGCCGCCUUCCCGCCGCUCUACUCGCCCGCCCCCGACCGCCUGGGGCCGCCCCCGACGCGCCCCGGCCCCGGCCCCGGCCCCCUCCCUGCUGAGCCCCUCCUGGCCUUGGCGGGGCCCGUGGCGGCGUUCGGCCCGCUGGGCCCGGGGGAGGCCUACCUGAGCCCGCCGGGCUUCGCGCCGGGGCUGGAGCGCUACCUGUGA